AUUUUGCUGUCAGACUGUAAUGGGCCGUUUGGUGAGAUCAUGUUUUGCGACGCUUCCGGCGCCAGUAUUGGCGAGUGGCGGUGGUUCCGUGGUGUGAGGUCGGGCUCGGCGCAGCAGGCCGCAGUGUCUCCCAACCAUGGAGGUUCCCAUCCCGCCUGACGACCAGGAGCUUCGUAAUGUCAUUGACAAGCUAGCACAGUUUGUGGCUAGAAAUGGGCCAGAAUUUGAGAAUAUGACCAUGGAGAAGCAGAAAGAAAACCCAAAGUUUUCAUUCCUGUUUGGAGGAGACUUCUACAGCUACUACAAGUGUAAACUUGCUAUGGAACAGCAGCAGCACUGUUUUCCAUCCAAUUCAGUGAUUUGCAAGCAAGCUCAGGACAUAGAACCUACGCCUCAGAUCGCUACAAUUCCCCCACCAGACCUGCCUCUGCCCCCUACGUUAGUGCCACCCCCACAGGGGGCACCAGUUUUAGAGGAUCUUAUUCAGCAAAGCCAGUGGAACAUGCAACAACAAGAACAGCAGCUCCUCACCAUGAGACAGGAGGAAAUUACAACAGCAGUAGUGCAUGCUAUUGAACAACAGAUGCAAAAACUGCGUGAUGAAACUCAGCUGGAUAUGACAGAGUUUGAUAAUUUACUACAGCCGAUCAUUGACACAUGUACCAAGGAUGCCAUAUCGGCUGGCAAGAAUUGGAUGUUCAGCAACGCAAAGUCCCCUCAACACUGUGAACUGAUGGCUGGUCAUCUCCGCAAUCGUAUCACGGCUGAUGGGGCACGCUUUGAAUUGCGCCUGCAUCUUAUUUACUUGACUAAUGACGUAUUACAUCACUGUCAGAGGAAGCAAGCGCGGGAACUUCUGGCUGCUCUUCAGAAAGUUGUUGUUCCUAUUUACUGUACCAGCUUUCUAGCGGUGGAGGAGGACAAGCAGCAGAAGAUUGCCCGUUUGCUCCAGCUUUGGGAAAAAAAUGGCUACUUCGAUGAGGCAACAAUUCAGCAAUUGCAGAGCCCUGCUCUAGGCUUGGGACAGCAUCAGGCUGCUUUACUGAGUGAGUACUCCACUGUGGUGCAGCCAAUCCUCAUGGCAUUCCAGCAGCAGAUCCAGUCCCUGAAAACACAGCAUGAGGAGUUUGUGGCUGGUUUAAAACUACAGCAACAGCAGCAAAUCCAGAUCCCAGUGAUGGAGCCAAUUCCCGAACCACCUGCACCAGCUCCUGCCCCUGCACCUGCACCAGCUCCAAUACCCCCACCAGAGGAUGUGAAACCGCCACUUGCUAUCCCUGCUCCAUCAGAAUUUGAGCCCCCUCCUGUUAGUGUGCCAGAUCCAGGUGUUGCAGGAACCAGAGGUCCAGCUCCUCAUGAACAGAUCCCUCCAAAUAAACCACCAUGGUUUGACCAGCCGCAGCCUAUAGCUCCCUGGGGCCAGCAGCAGCCAUGCGAGCAGCCCCCUUUUCCUCAUCACCCGGCACCUCCUCACUGCCCUCCAUGGAACAAUAGCCAUGAAGGUAUGUGGAGUGAGCGUGACCCAAACUGGAACAAUGAACCUGAACCAGCAUGGAACAGCCAGAGAGAACCUCCAUGGAAUAAUCAGUUUGAUGCACCUUGGAGCAACCAGCAUGAUCAGCCACCAUGGGGUGGCGGAGCUCAAAGAGACCCACAUUUUCGCAUGCAGCGCCCACCACACUUUCUCGGGCCAUUCCCUCCUCACCAGCAGCAUCCACCACAGUUCAAUCAACCACCUCACCCUCAUAACUUUAACCGAUUUCCACCACGAUUUAUGCAGGAGGAUUUCCCCCCUCGUCAUCCUUUUGAGAGACCACCCUUCCCUCAUCGUUUUGACUAUCCACAAGGAGACUUUACUUCAGAUAUGGGGCCGCCACAUCAUCACCAAGGCCACAGAAUGCCACACCCGAAUAUGAAUGAACAUCCUCCAUGGGGAGGUCCCCAACACCAAGACUUUGGCCCACCUCCACAUGGAUUUAAUGGACAGCCACCUCAUAUGCGUAGACAAGGACCUCCUCAUGUUAACCAUGAUGACCCCAGCCUUGUACCCAAUGUCCCUUACUUUGACCUUCCUGCUGGACUUAUGGCUCCACUAGUUAAGUUGGAAGACCAUGAAUACAAACCUCUUGAUCCAAAGGACAUCCGUUUGCCUCCUCCAAUGCCACCCAGUGAAAGGCUUUUAGCUGCGGUUGAGGCUUUUUACAGUCCCCCAUCACAUGAUAGACCACGGAACAGUGACGGCUGGGAGCAGAACGGCCUUUAUGAAUUCUUCAGAGCAAAAAUGAGGGCACGUCGGAGAAAAGGCCAGGAUAAGCGCAACAGGCCAUCAAGAUCCCAAAGUCGUUCAAAAAGUCGUGGACACUCCUCCUCCCGUUCCAACUCUAGAUCUUCAAAGUCCUCACGAUCUUACUCUAGGUCUCGGUCAGGUUCUAGGUCACGAUCCAGGUCUUAUUCUCGUUCGAGAUCCAGGAGUAGAAGCAGGUCUCGCUCCUCUCGCAGUCCUUCAAGGUCUCGUUCUCGAUCAAAAUCCCUCUCUCCUGGAAGACGGCGCAGGUCUAAGUCUCGCAGUGCCACACCGCCUUCUUCUUCAGGCUUGGGUUCUGGUCCUGGAGCAAUUGUACCUACCAUACGUCUUGGUGAGGAGAAUAAGGGACACCAGAUGCUUGUGAAAAUGGGAUGGAGUGGAGCUGGGGGCCUUGGUGCAAAUGAGCAGGGCAUUCAAGACCCCAUUAAAGGUGGGGACAUCCGUGACAAGUGGGACCAAUACAAAGGAGUUGGUGUCUCUCUUGAUGACCCUUAUGAAAAUUAUCGUAGGAACAAAAGCUAUUCCUUCAUUGCUCGUAUGAAGGCCAGGGAUGAGAAUUUUAAGGCAGGUGGACCUUUCCCCCCAGGUUCAACUCCACCUUCCAACAUUAAGCGGGAGGGCCAGGAUUCUCCAGUACCAGAAUAAUCCAAUCCAAGCUUCCUCUAUAACCUGAGGUGUUGCUAUAAACUCUUGCUGGUUUCUUUCAUACUCUGGAUGGAUCAUUCGGAUGGUCUUUGUGCAGCUCUAUAAAACUGAAAAUAGGAUCCCAUUUCAUUCGACAGGCAUAUUACUGCUACAACCUUUUCAGCUCUGUUGCUACAUUUUCCUAUCUAUCCACCUAGUGAGAAAAAUCAGAAUUCAGCCUCCAAAUGUUGCAUCAAUUCUUUACUAUUUUUUUUUUCCGACACACUCACACAAAGAUUCUAGUACUACCUUAGUGGGAUUUCUUAUAUGCAUCAAAGUUGGUUAGUAAAUAAUAGUUUGGUUCACCAGCAGUUUCUUCAUACACAAUGGAUACUCUAAGACUUCAUUAAAAGUUAUUUAAAAAAAAACAAUGGUUGAAAAUGGCUGUCUUAGGUGAACUAUAGGAUGUCUCCAGAAAACAAAGUAUUAGCUACAUGUUACUACAUUUUGAAGUGUUGUGAAUCGGUAGGAUGUCACAAUUUUCUUACUCCUUGACUGUUUCCUGUUUAACAUUGUACCCUGUCCUCUCUCUAACUUUUUUAUUUGUAUGUGAUAAUCCAUCUACCCCUUACAAUUUUAUUUUGUAAAAUAAACCGUUGAAUUGAAACAUA